UGAAACGCGGAACCUUUACAGAGACGCACAGUCCGCCAUAGUAAGUUUAAUAGUCAAGUAACAUGAGCUGUAUGUGAUCACAACAUAGUGGUAUUCUCGCGUUAAAUGUCGUUUUUUUCGCACAAAUGCGCAUUUAAUCGUCAGUUCGGUGUAAAGUUGGCACAAACAUGGGGGCGAGGUUCGACGGCGAGGUGGUUUCAAUCGUCGAGCUUGCUUUCCGAGCCACCGUGUCGGUCUUUAGGGGCGUGUGGGAGAAACAAGCGCCACACUCGGUGUGGGAAGAGGCGACGCUUGGCCUCGGCGGCGACCUGCGGGAUAUUGAGCGCGGUCUGCUGGCUCAGCUCCAGCGGGUGUUCGCUGAGCUGUGCGAUGAGAACGAGGCGCUCAAGGCCAAAGUGGAGCAGCUGGAGGACGUGAUGCAGAGGAAGGCCGGACAGCUGGAACAGGAGCUGCACGUCCGGGUCGGACAACUCGGCAGGGACAUGGAGCUGCUGGAGAAGGAGCUGAAGAGCAUCAGCGAUGGAGGAGCAGCGGCAGGAGAUGUCUCGCUGUUGUCAGUCUCCGCCGAGCAGACUUCCACUGAGACAAAAUCAGGUCUGCGUGUCUCAGAAGCGGGUAAUGGCGAGGCAGUCCUGAACCCCGAAAUGGAGACCCAAUCUGCAGUCGCCCCUGUGUUGAUUGUCAGCCAGCUCAGCGGUGCGCCCACGGUGCUCAUUGUGGGACAUGGAGAGUCAGCUGCCCAGGAGUCAACUGAGACGAAUCUUGUUACACAGCUUGUCCUUCAACCUGUGUCCUCGCCUCAUGACGCUUCUAGUCCCAAUUCCUGCUCCGUUAGCAAAGAGGGGCCGACAAAGGAACAAGCAGAGAAGCAGCAGGGCUUAGUGGAACAAUCCUCAUCAGGAAGACCGAGACGAACAAGGAGGCCGAGCUUCAAAGUGGAAAUGGCUUCCCCUGACAUAAGUGAUGACGAAAUGGACUCUGACGAAGCGGAAGAAAGCCCAAGGAAGAAGGCGCGGCGCAACCUGAAGCGCUUCUCCUGCGACGAGUGCAACGCCGCCUUCUACUGGAAGGCUGAGCUAAAGAAGCAUGUGGAGCUUCACAAGAAGCCCUAUCCAUGCCAGCAGUGCAACAAGAGUUUCCCGGAGAAGAAGUAUCUGGAGGACCACAUGGUGGGUCACCAGGCAGAGUCCAAGGCGUCGCUGCCCUUUCCGUGCCCACGCUGUAAGCGCUCGUACCGCAAGGAGGAGUCGCUACAGAACCACCUGAAGCGCCACCAACCCCUGGCCCAGCCCAAACCUUUCACCUGCGAGCAGUGCGGCAAGACCUUCCGUGUGGCGCGCUCUCUGGAGAACCACCUGCUGCGCCACCAGAAGUGGAAGGAGCCGCUCCAGUGCCCGCUGUGCAACAAGACGUGCAAGACGCCAGUGCAGCUGCGCGGCCACAUGGUGGUGCACUCGGACGAGCGGCCCUUCAGCUGCGCCACCUGCGGCAAGGAGUUCAAGAGCAAGGACACGCUGCGUUUCCACCAAAUGGUGCACACCAACGCCAAAAAAUACAAGUGCAACGUGUGCGACGAGACCUUCAAGUACGCCCACUCGCUGACCGUGCACAAGCGCAAGCACACAGGCAUCACACCGUUCGUGUGCGGCGUGUGCGGACGCUCGUACCGUACCGGUACGGCGCUCAAACGACACAGCGUGGUGCACACUGGUGAGAAACCAUUCACCUGCCACGUGUGCGGCGCCCGCUUCAGCCUCAACAACAAUUUGAAACGACACCUGCGUAUUCACACUGGCGAGAAGCCUUUCACCUGCCAGGAUUGCGGGAAGAGCUUCUCCGAUAACAACAAGCUCAAGUCGCACAUGCUGGUGCACGGAGCUCGGAAGCCUUUUAUGUGCGACCUAUGUGGGAAGACCUUCCUCUUCAACUGCCGCCUUCAGAUCCACCAGAAAUAUGUACACACCAAGGAGGAUGACAAGCCCAAGAUGUUUCCUACGAGGCAGAGAAACAAGCUUCUGGUCAAGCCGUACAGCUGUAAAAUCUGCCUUGCCGGAUUCAGUGCGGCCUGCUCGCUGAAGCUCCAUGAGAAGGGUCACAGUGAGCACAAGGAGUUUUCAUGUAGUUUGUGUGGCAAGGCCUUCCACAACAAGUACUCGUUCCGUUCGCACCAGCGCGCGCACACGGGCGAGAAGCCCUUCGUGUGCGAGGUGUGCGGUAAGGGCUUCAUCCACGCCGGGAGCCUCAAGCAGCACGAGCGCAUCCACACUGGCGAGAAGCCGUACAAGUGCGAGCAGUGCGGCAAGGCUUUCCGCACCGAUGGAAACUUCUACCGACACCUGCGUAUCCACACGGGCGAGAAGCCCUUCGAGUGCGCUUACUGCCACCGCAAGUUCCACCAAUCCAACCAGCUCAAGUCGCACCUGCAGGUGCACACGGGCCAAAAGCUUUACUCGUGCCAGACCUGCGGACACGGAUUCUCUGACUCGAGGCAGCUCAAGAAGCACAGCUGCGACGGAACAGUCGUCCCCGUAUUGUUGACAUAAACUCAUAUUGACAGCUUCAAUAUAGAAAAAGAAUGGCCCUAACACUACGAGAUGCUUUUCUGUGUGCACAUCCGCUGAUAUGUUUGUUUGUUUUCUCAAGAAAAACAAAUUUACAGACCCCCACGCUGGAAGAAAAACUAUUCUUAAAAAAAAAAUGUAAAAAGUAAUGAAAUAAUGAAUAAAUAAUUAAAUAAUC